AAGUCACAGCGGACAAUGCAGAAAUGAUACUUGAAGAAGUGGCAGAAAUAACGACCAUGACUGAAACCAUUUCUAAGGAAGGUCUGAAGAUUGUGGCAGAUAUCCUCGAAGAUAUCAUAGGAAUAAAUUCUACUGAUGUGCAGGUGACUGAGUAUGUCGUGGAUAUUGCAAGCAACAUUGCGGAUCUACCAGAAGGAGAACUAGAAAUGGCUGAAGAGGCAAGUGGUGCUCCAAGCCGGGUAGUUAUAUCCCUUGAAGCACAACUCGCUGUAGUUGAGGUAUUAAAUGAAACUCUUCGGAUCGUUAAGCCCAAUAUUGCCGCAGAGGUGUUUGAUGUGACUGUGGAUGAAAUCAGCCGGGGUAUAACCGUUGUCGUGUCAGCUACGUCCGAUGGAAAAAGCAUCUCAGACGAGGGUUUUCAGGUGGCAGGAGGCAAUCGUACAACAGAGCCAGAGGCGCUAAAAGCAGAGGCGACCCUCUUCAUUCCAUCAGGGCUGACGGGCCGGGUGGUCAUCACCACAUAUUUGAAAACGGCUCUCUUCAGGGACAGUGGACUAACGGAGUUGAAUCUGAACCAGACAGGAUUCAUGCGAAAGUUGAAUUCGAGGAUCAUAGCGGCGUCCAUCAAUAACGAAGAAAUCGAAGACUUGAAGGAACCCGUGAUGAUUGCAUUUACUCCUAUCAGUCCGAAUGGGAGAAAUGCCACGUGUGUAUCUUAUGACUUUGAUGAUAACCAAUGGUCCACUCGAGGGUGUAAAAAAACAAGUAAUGACAGCAUACACAGAAUUACAUGCGAGUGCGAUCACCUUACCAACUUCGGCAUUCUCAUGGACAUCUAUGGAGGACGGGCAGAUUUCAUUCUGGAGAUCAUAAGCUAUGUUGGUUGCUGUAUGUCAAUAUGGGGCCUUGUCAUUACAAUCCUCACAUAUGCUUUUAAUAAGAAACUUCGUGAUCGCAAACCCAACCAGAUCCUGCUGUCCCUUUCCAGUUCCCUGCUCUGUCUCUACAUCGUCUUCCUGGUCAUGAUAUCUGUUGACACAGAACGAGGUGUGGCGGAAAUUACUCCCCUGCCUUGCUGUAUCCUAGCUGGUUUCCUCCACUAUUUUACCCUGUCAUCUCUAUUCUGGAUGGGAGUCGAGGGCUACAACAUGCAUAUUCUCUUCGUUCGAGUUCUCAACACGUAUCUACCGCGCUUUAUGCGGAAGGCUUCACUGUUUGCAUGGGGAGUCCCUAUGGUGAUUGUUGGAAUCACUGGAGGAGCAGCGAGGCAGGCCUACGCGCGGACAGAUUUUUGCUUCCUUGAAAAAUUGCCUCUCAUCGGUGGUCUCCUGAUUCCAGUUGGUUUCAUCAUGAUCUUCAACAUCAUCAUCUUCAUUCGUGUUAUUAUACGACUGAACAGAACCGUCAAAGGAAGGCAACUUGAUAAGACGGAGAAACGCCAGCGCGUUCGACGUUUCCAGAAUGCGGUGUGUAUCCUGAUCCUGAUGGGCCUAACAUGGUCUCUAGGUUACCUGAGCAUCAUCAAACCGGCCAGUGAGGUCGUCCAAGGAAUCUUCACCAUCCUCAACUCUCUGCAGGGGUACUUCAUCUUCAUGCUGUACUGCAUGCGCCAGCCUCAGGUUCGCAGGACAUGGCGCUCACAGUUCAGCUGCUGCUUGUCGAAGUCUUUUGCGGCAUCCGGCGGCUUUACUUCAGGCUCUGGCAAAACUAAUUCGACGUCCAAGAACAGCUCGGCCAAGCUCAGGGGACAGAGAGGCAACCGAAAUGCAGGGCUGAUGUCUAACUUCGAUUCCAGUGGGUUCCGCCCGGAGACAAUAAUGCGUUCCCAACCUGAGAGACUGCCUAGAGCCGCCUACCAAAACGAUGGUGCUGAGUGGUGAUUUGAGAACUAUAACGAAACUUGAUAAAUGUUUUAAAGGCAGAUCGUGUUUUGUACGGAACUACACAGAAAUAAUAACGGUGAUUUAAAGACACAAGUAGUAAUGGUUUGAAAAUAUUAACCCAUGCAGUCUUUCAACCAAUAAAACAAUCAUGUUUUUCAACUUGCAGUUGACCAUAUUUGCAUAGUAAAUUCAGCAUUUGUCAUGUCUCUUAAAUUGCUAUUGUUGGAGUGGAGUCGUUGGUUAUCAACUCUCCUGCUUAUUUAUACAUCACUUAAAUGUAGUCAUCAAACAAUUCCAUUUUGUAUCUAUAUUUCCAGUAAACCUAUUUCGACUCAUCACGUGGGUUGUAGCAUGGGUUGUGAUAAUGAAUUUGAAUUUUAUUAGUGUAAUUUGCCAAAAGUAAUUCUGCUUUGUUUAUAGUGCCGUACAUGGAUUGUUUUGACCAACACGUUAACAAAACAUUGUGAGGUUGACCAUCACUAAGAAGCGCGACACGCAUGGAUCAUGUAUUAUCUUGCUUGACGUGUGGUACAGACAAUUAUGUUUAGUUUCUUAUCUUUCUGAGCCUAUUACCGCCUUUUUUAAUUAGUUUUAUUUAGAUUGUAGGAAUAAAUGUGGCUGAUAAAACGAAAUGAAUAUUCUUACCGUUAUUUUAAUCUUCUGAGCUGAUAUCGCGAGUGGAGGACGAAGCUGGAAAGGGAAUCAUGCAGAGGAAGAAUAGUGCGAGUAGCGAGGUGAUGACUCAGCUGCAUGUAUACACACGUGGAGCGCGACUAGCUAGCUAGCGAACGCGAAUGAAGAAGGCACACAAGCCUUACAGUUCACUAUUGCACUUUCCCGAAAUAAACCAGAGGACGUAAAUCUGUAUUGCGAUAGAGUCCUCAAAAGAACGAUGUUGAUGAAAACUCACUAUUAAAGUGAAACCGACAAAAUAACGCUUCUUGUAAAGUCAGGACUCUUCCUAUAAAAAACGCGUCCGAGUGUCGAAACCGAAAACAGGAGGAGUGAGUAAAAUUCGUGUGUGGAGACUUUUCCAAGUGCGCUUAAGGUGUGGUGAUUGGCUUAUUAAAACAAUAAGGUGCGGUCCGAUUGGAGUAACUAAAAUAACACUCUUGUUGCUGGGUGGUUCCACGGAUGAAAUUAACUAAGAGAAUGUUUAGAAUGUUGCAGCUGUAGAUUGUUAUUGUUAUUGAAGCUGGCAGAACGAAAAGUACUAACGUAAGGUAUGCUUAAAAUGCUGAGUAUUUACAAUGUUGGUAAACAUUUAUGACCUUAGAAAAGUUCAAGUCACUACAAGAUGAUCUCGGUUUGAUAGAGUGCCAAUAUGUUGUAUAUUUUCCAUCCUUUCAAGAGUUCCAGUUUAGAAAAGAAUUGUAACGGUCACUGAAAAUCGCAAAAUUGGUUUCAUUGGUGUCAAAUGAUAUGUUAUAAGUUAAUCAUUGACCCAUAUUUGCAUUUCUAUAAGAUAUUUUUAAUAUUUCCUAUUUUUUUCAUUGACGUUUUAAUGUUACGAAUUGUUUUGUAUGUGAACGAAGUUUCUUUAUAAAAUGAGUAUUACAAUAUAUAUAUAUAUAUAUAUAUGUAUAUAUUAACUUGAAAUCUGCAGAAUUUCUAGGAUUUCGCAUAUUCAGUCGGAAUUGAUAGUAAAGGGGAUAUGGAAUAUUCAUCUACUAAAGUUUAGCUAGCACAAUCAAAUAUUACAUUAAUGGAGAGUUGGGAAUUGUAAUAAAGUUUUCUGCUA